AUGGCACAUCCCCAAGAAAAUGGUCAAUUUGAAGCGAUCAACAAGACCCUGAAGGAUACACCAAAGAAAAGACUCGAGGAUGCUAAAGGAAAUAGGCCGGAGGAGCUCCCUGAGGUUCUAUGGUCGUACCGAACAACUGAAAAAAUGGCAACUGGACAGACUCCAUUUGCCAUGGCAUAUGGAUAUGAAGCUAUGCUGCCUGUAGAGCUCGAACCACCAUCCCACAGAAGAUUGACGUACAACCAAGAAUCAAAUCACGUACUCUUGGCUGAAUCACUUGAUGAAAUCGAAGAGAAGCGAACCACAACAAACUUUAAGUUGAUAGCCCAUCAACAAAAAGUAGCUCGAUAUUUCAAUAAACAAGUGAAGGCUCAAAAAUUCUUUGUGGGUGAUAUGGUCCUAAUAAGAGUAUUUCUAAACACCAAAGACAACACACAAGAUGAGUGUUUGGUCGGGAUAUCGAACAUUAAACAGGAAAAUAUGCCGACCAGGCAUACUCAACAGAUUAAAGAAUGA